AGAGAGAUGUUUUUAGCCUCACAAGACCUGACAGCUCACUGGGCAUCAGUGAAGUGCACUUUAAAAAACCCACACCGACGGGAGGUGACUUGUGACUAUUUUCAUCAGGCAGCUGGUCACGAUCCCCUUGGGUUGCAUCGAGGCUCUGAACCACUUGUAUUUUGAUUUUUUUUUGUUUUGUUUUGUUUUUUAAACCCUGCUUCUUUCCAGUUGGAAACACUGAGCUUAAAAGGAAAUCGUCUCUCUGAAGCAGACGUCAUGACAGGCUUCCUACGGGUCUUCUUGGCUCUCAGUGCCACUCUCUCAGGUUCCUGGGUGACUCUCACAGCCACUGCGGGACUCAGCUCAGUGGCUGAACAUGAAGACGCACUCCUCAGACAUUUGUUCCAAGGUUAUCAGAAAUGUGUCCGCCCUGUGUUGAAUUCCAGUGACAUCAUAAAAGUGUAUUUUGGAUUAAAGAUAUCUCAGCUUGUAGAUGUGGAUGAAAAGAAUCAGCUGAUGACAACAAACGUGUGGCUGAAGCAGGAAUGGACAGACCAAAAAUUACGAUGGAAUCCCGAAGACUAUGGUGGAAUUAAUUCGAUAAAGGUUCCAUCGGAGUCGCUCUGGCUGCCUGACAUAGUUCUCUUUGAAAAUGCUGACGGACGUUUUGAGGGCUCUCUCAUGACCAAGGCCAUUGUGAAAUCCAGCGGAACCGUCAGUUGGACUCCUCCCGCCAGCUACAAAAGUUCCUGUACCAUGGAUGUCACAUUUUUCCCGUUCGAUAAGCAGAACUGCUCAAUGAAGUUCGGAUCCUGGACUUACGAUGGUACCAUGGUCGACCUCAUUCUGAUCAAUGAAAACGUUGACCGGAAAGACUUUUUUGAUAACGGAGAGUGGGAGAUACUAAAUGCAAAGGGGAUGAAGGGCAACAGAAGAGAAGGCUUUUACUCCUAUCCGUUUGUUACCUACUCUUUUGUUCUGAGACGCCUGCCCCUGUUUUACACCCUCUUUUUGAUAAUCCCCUGCCUGGGGCUGUCUUUUCUCACGGUCCUGGUGUUCUACCUACCCUCCGACGAAGGGGAAAAACUCUCCUUAUCCACCUCGGUUUUGGUUUCUUUGACAGUGUUUCUUUUAGUAAUCGAAGAAAUAAUCCCGUCUUCUUCAAAAGUCAUCCCUCUCAUUGGGGAGUACCUCCUCUUCAUUAUGAUAUUUGUCACGCUGUCUAUUAUUGUCACGGUUUUUGUAAUUAAUGUCCACCACAGAUCUUCCUCAACGUACCAUCCCAUGGCCCCCUGGGUGAAGAGGCUGUUUCUGGAAAAACUCCCGAGAUGGCUUUGCAUGAAGGACCCCAGGGACCGCUUCUCUUUCCCCGAUGGAACGGAGAGUAAGGGAACCGUGAGGGGGAAAUUUCCAGGGAAAAAGAAGCAGACUCCUACCAGUGAUGGAGAAAGAGUUCUGGUCGCUUUCCUGGAGAAGGCCUCUGAGUCCAUCAGAUACAUCUCGAGGCAUGUGAAGAAGGAACACUUCAUCAGUCAGGUUGUUCAAGACUGGAAAUUCGUGGCUCAGGUUCUUGACCGCAUCUUCCUCUGGCUCUUUCUGACAGCUUCGGUUUUGGGCUCUGUCCUGAUUUUUAUUCCAGCCUUGAAGAUGUGGAUACAUCGUUUCCAUUAGGAACUGCUCUCUGGAUCCAUGUAGAAGACACACAUAGAGAGAAUCCCACCUAGAACUGAGGGCUGCUGGUGUGUUCACAGAAAGGAGUUGCAUGCAACAGUUGUGGUGCCCUUGCCUUGUCCUGGGAGCCUUCUGUGACUGGAGGAAACUGAGAAAACGUGGGUUUGAGCUAGUGUGAUGGUGGCUGCCAUUAGAGAUGUAUUUGGGCAAUUCAGAGAAGUCUCCAUGUCAUGUUGUUGUGUGGGAGGCUCCGAAAUGCUCCAUUUGCCUAUCCCUGAACUACUGCAUCUGCCCAUCCCCCAGACUUCUACAUCUGCUCAUCCCUAAACUCUUGAUUUUGUCCAUCCACUGAACUCCUAGUAUCUGCCCAGCCCCUUAUCGACUUGUCUGCACACUGGGGCCAUGUGGUACUUCUCUAGCAGUGUGGUUGAACACGUUUUGACAACAGUUUCAGGAAUUACACAGGUACAACUCUUGCCACACAGGUCAAAGAUGCCACUUGUCAACAAAUGUCCCAUAAAUAGGGUCAUUGAAGAUGACCUUGAAUGACUAUGACAGUUCUCUAAGGCAGGGGUUAUUGGAAGUUUGUUCACUGCAUUGUAAACUUUUCUAAUACAGGUAGGAACUACACCAGAAAAAUAGCCAUUAGCUAUUAGAACUGCAUUCAUUAAUGCAUGUCUUUUUUUUUUUUCUCUUAGAAAAUUAAAAGUGUUAAAUGUUCUUUGAUUAUGGUUUUGGCUGGUGUCUUAGGCAGUGUUCUAUUACUGUGAAGAGACACUGUAACCAUGGCAACAGGUCAGGUGCAGAGGUUUAGUUCACUUUCAUUACGGUGGGAAACAUGGUGGCACUCUGGCAGAUAUGGUGUUGGGAGAGGUAGCCUAGAGUUUUACAGCAAGAGAGAGACUGGUGUGGGCUUUUGAAACCCCAAAGCACACCCCCAGUGACAUACUUCCCCCAACAAAUCUACACCUCUGGAUCCUUCUCAAGGAGUGACAAUCCAUGAUGACUAAGUACUAAAGUAUGGGAGCUCAUGGGGGCCAUUUCUAUUCAAGCCACCACAGACAGAACCGGUUUUCACAGAGUUUUCUGCCUCCACCUGUGUCCCCUCUCCCUGUGUCUCCCUCCUUUCCUCAUCCCACCCCAUGCUCCUCCAGGACAGUCAGGAAGUGUUUAUCAGAUUUACUUUGCUGCCGUUGCUUCUGAGUCCUUCCUGGGCUUUGUUAAAGGAGUUUGUUCUUCCACCUCAGUGAAACCCCAUGUGCUCUGUUUUAUUUGAGACACGGUUCUUCUAAGCAGUUUAUCCCUGAGAUUUAAAAAACCCUAAUCUAAGAUUUUAUUUUUAGAUUACUAUAACUGCAACAUUCAGUAAGCGCUGCGUUCUCUUAUUCCUACUAGUCUGAUUAUUUUUUUUCUUCCUAAAUAGCUUAAGCUUUUCUUAUCUUCAGUCUUAGACAUGUCACACUGUGCCUGAGCAGAGAAUGAUACCCCCAUCCAUCUCUAUCUCUAUUCCCUCCACCCUCCCCUUCUCCUCUCCUCUCUGCCAUCUCCUUCUCUCUGCACGCGAUGACUAGUGUCUUCAAGCUAUGCAGAUUCUUUUCUAUUUCUCUUACUAUCUCUGUUCUGCAUUUUCUCUCUUUGUCUCUAAAAAUUUCUGAUAAAAUUUCUUGUCAUUGUUGGGCCUGUACUCCUUGUUUAUUAACUAACCGGUUGACUCUUCUUUCAUACUUUUAAAAUUCUUUAAUUAAUAGUUUCUUAAUUCUUUGACAAUUCCAUACAACAUAUUUUGAUCCUAUUUACCCCAAAUUCCUCCCCUGUAACUUCUCCUAGACCCACUCCCUCACCCUAUCCCCCCACAUCAGGUCCUUAUUAUUUAUUUUUAAAUGCCCCCCUCCCCUGAGUCCAAUUUGUGUUGCCUGCAUACUCCGGUGUGGUCCCAGCCUUUGGUCCCAACUCUGCAGCUGGUUCCUCUCUAGCUGUAUCAGUCUGUGUGAGCAAGGGAGGGUAGGAGCUCUUGCUGAUAGCACAGCGGGAGACUCUGCGCUCAGACUACCAGCAUCAUGCUUCCAACCCUGGCAAGCAGCCUGCAUGAACCCCUCACUGCCCAUGGCGGGGUCAGCCCUUGGUCAGACUUCUCUAACUAGUCUUUUGUUUGGACUCUUCCAAUGGUGUUUAAGUGCCUUUGUAGCGGGAAUGCUGUAAACCCUGAUCUGGAGUUCCCACUGAGUCCAACCACAGCCAGUCGAAGGAGAAUCUCUGCUUCAGGUUCUUUAGAUCGCCUUGCACAGACUACACGGCUCUCCCACCUCGCUGCCAAUAGUGUGCCCACAAGAUCCAGCACACGAGAUGGAUUUUUAAAGAAAUGGAUAAACACAGUGGAACAAGAGCUAGGUCACACAGAUUGCUGGUCCUAGCUCUGUGGCUAACCAGUGGUGUGAGCAGUGGGCCUUACACACGCUGUCUCCCUGAGGACUUUUUAGCUUGUGGGUCAGCAGAACGAGGUGAGCAUUCGUGACCUUUGAAGUUCUCCUCAGUCCUGUACUCUAUCUUUUGGAGGUUUGCUAUGGAGCUUCCUCAGUGUUCAACCCCAUGGUCCUCACAGUCGCAUUGUUCCUUGCUGGGCAGGUAGUGUUGAAGGGUGUGUGUGGUCUGCUCUGUGGCUCCCUGAGGGUAGACAUUGUGAUAAAAAUCAAGGCUUAGCUAUGACUUCCUGAAUGAUACUGUGGAUAAAAGAACGAAUAGUUAUUAUUCCCCCUCCUCCAGGUUGAUUUUAAUUCAUCACAUUUGAUGUGUGAUUACACUAGGAAAAGUGCAGUAUCAAUGUUAGAAAAAAAAUGUUUGGAUCUGAGCUUAGCUUUACAUUUGGAAAAAUACCAGCACGAACCAUUUCCCACAACAAAUAUUUUCUGUUGAAUCAAAUAAAGAAAAGAUUAAGCCUA